UGUAGCACGCCACGCCACGCCGCGAGAAGCCCAGAACGAGCUCCUCUUCUUUCGCAAUCGCUAGUGCGUGCUCUACUCGCCGACAUGGCAGAAGAACGGGACGGCGCGGAGGAGAAGGCCGUCGUCGGAGCGGGAGAGCAGGAGGGGCAGAUCGUCGUCGCCGGAGCAGCGUACGAGGAGGAGGAGACGGGCGGCGGUCGGGGUGGCGGAGUUGGAGCCGCAGGAGGCGAGGAGGUCGGCAGGGGCGACGCGCAGUUGAUAUUCAUUCCGCCGCCGGGGUUCCGGUUCAGGCCGAGCGACGACGAGCUGAUCAGGUACUACCUGCUCCCCAAGCUGCAGGGCCGGGGCCACGCGCCCAACAGGGCCAUCAUCGAGCACAACGUGUACCAGUGCCACCCGGACGACCUCGUCGGCAAGUACAGGGGCCGGGGCGAGGGCAAGAGCUUCUACUUCCUGUCGCCGAGGGUGCGCCGGUACGACAACGGGGACCGGCCACGGCGGGACACGGAGGACGGCCGCGGCCGGUGGAAGGUGUCGACGGGCAAGAGGGACAUGCAGGAGAAGAAGGUGGCCGGCGACGGCACGACCCGCUACUGCAUGAGCGUCCUCAACUACUUCGAGAGCCCCAGAGGCGGCGGCCGCAAGUCCGAGUGGCUCAUGAGGGAGCUCACCGUCCCGGCGUACGAGAUCAAGCUCCCCAAGGACGGCGGCCCUGGCGGCAGGACGUUGGAUAGGUACGUGAUGUGCAAGAUUUACCUCAAAGACGACAAAGGCGACGACGACGAGGAGGCAGGGCCCAGCAGCGCCUCGCCGCUGCACCUGCACGGGCCGGUGGAGGGUGAUGAAGGGCCGACGGCGGAGCUUCCAAAGCUUUCGAAGAAAAUGGCGGGCAAGAGGCCCGCGGAGGACCAGCAGCUGCGGAACGCCGCCGCGAGGAAGCGGGCUCACCACUCAAAAUGCCUGCAAAUCGAGCCACCACCAGCACAAGGCAACGGCAUGCAAGCUCCGUUCAGCACGCCGGGAUACUACGGUGGAUCAGGGCAGCCCAUGCUCAUGGGGUGUCACGCUGGCACACCGAUGCCGCGGCCACUGCUGGCGUACAACAACGGCCAGGUGCACGUGCCACGGCAGCAGGUGCCGGUGAUGAUGAGACAGUCGGCGGCGUACAACGGACAGGUGACGGUGAUGGCGCGACCGCCGGCGGCGUACAACGGGAAGAUGCCGGUGAGGCAGCAGCAGGUGGCCAACGGCCAGGUGCGGCCGCCGCCGUGCCGGCCCGCAGGUAGCCCCAACGGCUAUGCUCAGAGUCUGACAAUGAUGGCGCGGCCUUCGUGCCCGGCCGGCCAAGCAGUGAACCCGCAGAUGCAGAAGCAGCCGGAGACGGAUGAGAUGCGCGCGAAGCGGGUGCUUCAACAGAACCUGGAGGAACACCUCCGGAUGCAGUCGUUCACGCAGCAGCAGCAACAGGUGAUGGCGUUCACGCAGCAGCAGCAGCAGCAGCAGCUGGCGAUGGCGUCCACGCACCAGCAGCGGCAGGCGAUGGCGUUCAUGAUGCGCCAGCAGCAGCAAUGGAGGAUGUCGUUCAUGUUGCACCAGCAGCAGCAGCAGUACCAUCAGCAGCAACAGCAACAGCACUUGGGCGGCGGCAACGCCAAUUACUAUCACCACGAAGGGGCCGUGGUCCUCCCGACGACGAGGAGUUCUCCAGGAGAGGCGGCGCUGGUAACAGCAGACGGCUCGCCGGUCAGUACGGUGGUGUCUGUGGAGGGAAACGAGGAGGGCUCCAACAACAACGGGGAUUGCAGCAGCCAUGGUCGGGAGGAGUCCGCGGCUUCGCCGGGCCGGGUGACGGCGCCGGCAUCGGCAGAGGGUGAUGGCCCCCAGCAUGCAUGAUUCGGCACCGUGAUGUACGCAAGUGUAUAUGUAUUGUGCACAAAGCCUUGUUUCUGUUGGUUUAUGCUCCUUUUAGAAUGAGCUCUGCACCAAACUUUUACAACAACAGAUAGACCUUCAACGCUUUUCCAUGUAUGCCUUUGCUCGCCAAUUUCUUUGCUUUA